UUUAAUUUUUUAAAAAUAUUAAAAAAUAAAAAUAAAAAUAAAAAAUGACUAGCAAUAAAAUGGAGCGGGCUACUCCUAACCUCCUAUAAUUUAUCACGCCACCGUAUUAAAUUAUUAAUUUUAUUCUCCGGAUUCCAGCUCUGAAUUCUAUUGCUUCGAGCACACCCAACCACUGCCAAUUUAUACUUCUUUUUAUGAUGGUCGCUCUUCCUCAGCGAGGGUUCACUUUCUGCUUUAUGUUUUCGCGUGACCGAUCUGUACGAUCAACGACAGUCGUUCAACCGAGAUACCAGAUCAUCUGUCCGGGAAGAUCGCCCUAAUUUCUUUGUUGCAGCUGUUUAAGAAGUUGUGGUGGUUAAAAACUCAUUGUUAAUGGCGGAUCUUAAAGAACACCUGCUCCCUCCGAAAACUCAUUCAGCUAUAGACCUGAGGGAUGCAGCUUAUCGAUCUCCAGCCAGUGGGCGGCAACCUUUUCAGGGAAUGGAUGUUUUGGGGCUGAAGAAGCGGGGCCAAGGCCUUCGAUCUUGGAUUCGUGUUGAUGCAUCUGGGAAUUCCCAAGUCAUUGAGGUUGACAAAUUCACUAUGAUGCGGCGUUGUGAUCUUCCCGCCCGCGAUCUGCGGCUGCUUGAUCCCUUAUUUGUUUACCCCUCAACGAUCCUGGGUAGGGAGAAGGCUAUUGUUGUAAACUUGGAGCAAAUUCGUUGUAUUAUCACUGCCGAUGAGGUUCUUUUAUUAAAUUCCCUAGAUAGUUCUGUAUUGCAUUAUGUGGUGGAGCUACAACGUCGAUUGACAACAAAUGCUGCAAGUGAGGUCUGGCAGUCAGAUGCCACCGACUUGAACCAAAGGAGGGGAAGUAGAAAUUUGGAAAAUGUUGUGUUUGGGAGCCCAUCACCAGACUAUUUGCCAUUUGAGUUUAGGGCCCUUGAAGUUGCCUUGGAGGCUGCUUGUACAUUUCUUGAUUCUCAGGCAGCAGGAUUAGAAAUUGAAGCAUAUCCAUUACUAGAUGAACUUACAUCUAAGAUCAGUACACUCAAUUUGGAACGAGCGCGUAGAUUGAAAAGCAGGCUUGUUGCGUUGACUCGAAGAGUGCAGAAGGUUAGAGAUGAAAUAGAGCAACUCAUGGAUGAUGAUGGAGAUAUGGCUGAAAUGUAUCUUACGGAGAAGAAAAAAAGGAUGGAAACAUCAUUUUGUGGUGAUCUGUCAUUGAUGGGAUACAGAUCAACAGAUGUUACAUCUGUUUCUGCUCCUGUUUCUCCUUUUUCUUCACCCCGUGAAGCCCGGAAACUUGAGAAAAGCUUGAGCAUUGUAAGGAGCAGACACGAGAGCAUGAGGAGUUCUGAGAGUGCCACAGAAAGUAUAGAAGAGCUCGAGAUGUUGUUGGAAGCAUAUUUUGUUGUCAUUGAUAGCACCCUAAACAAGUUGACAUCGUUGAAGGAGUACAUCGAUGACACGGAAGAUUUCAUCAAUAUCCAGCUGGAUAACGUUCGGAAUCAGCUGAUCCAAUUUGAGCUGCUACUCACAACUGCUACAUUUGUUGUUGCGAUCUUUGGGGUGGUGGCAGGGAUCUUUGGCAUGAACUUUGAAAUAUCCUUAUUCGAUCACACUAGUGCAUUUAAGUGGGUACUUGUAAUCACAGGAAUUAUUGGGGUUGCGAUAUUCAGCGCAUUCAUGUGGUUCUUCAAGCACAGAAGGCUAAUGCAACUAUAAAUUUGUCACGAGACUGCAACUAGGAAAGUACAGAGGAGAAAAUCAUUAUUGUUUUACCCUUGUACUCUAAAGAUAUUAUGGUAGAUAUUGGCUCUAUUUUAGAGCAAUUCUUUUGAGUCAAUAUAGGUUCAAUUGUAAGAAAUUUUGUUAGAAUGUCCAUUAAUUGCAUAUUAGGGCGGGGAACGUCCUAUCUAUCAAAUGUGUCUUAGAAGGGCGGAGCACUAUGAUUGUAAUUGGUAUGGAGAAGUGAACCGUUGGGUAUAUAGUUGGAGAAGUAGCAGUGGAUACUAGGUUUGAGAAGAUUGUUCUCCAAGCCGAGUCACCCGUGGAUGGCAGCGGCCUCCGCAUUCCGAAUAUUGAAGAAUUUAACCUAUAAUCCAAGAUAUCUCAAUGCUGGCUUGCAUCAGAGCCUUAAAAGCUGGCCUGCACUAGAAGAUCCGGUAUGCGCUCUCAGUUGCCCCUGCUUGUUUUAACUUUUGUAGUGGAAAGGGUCUGCCGCUAUAUACCUUCUUAAUAGACAUGUUUUAUGUUCUUUGGUAAUGUGAUGUGCAGCGUGCUUAGUAACACUCGUGUGGAAAUACAUGAGGCAGUAUGCUGUGUCGGUUUUUAGAACUGGGUAAAGUCAACAUUUCUUUAUGACUCGUGAUUUUAAUACAUCUAAUUUUAUUUUGGAAUAAAUUGUACAAACUCCGUCUGGUUACAAAAGACUUGAAGGUGGUUAAUAUUGAUUAUAAUCCAGCGA